AUGAAGCCCAAGGAUCAAAGCUCAAAAGAAAAGCUCAAGAAGGGGGGAAAAACGCUCGAGCCUCUCUCACCAACUGCAAGUAAGAAUAAGCUCAGUCAAUCGCUGAAAAGAAGAAUGAACUUCCCAGCUGCCUCUUCAAAAACCAAGAAGAGUGCUCUGGAAGACUUAGAAUCUUCAAAUGAGGGGGGCUUGGGGAAGACAGUGCAAACAAUAGCGAUGCUGUGCCAUCUUGUGGAGAAAGACGCUAAGGGUCAUUUCUUGGUGAUUGCUCCCCUCAGCGCCCUGUGCAACUGGUGCAACGACAUCAAGAUGUUUGCGCCGCAGCUGCCAUAUGUGUUGUUCCAUGGCAACGAAAGCGUACGGUGUGAGAAAAUGAAGCUGUUCAAAAAGACGUCGCCUGUAAAGGUUACAUUGCCUGAUGGCAGCUCCGUUACCCGCAACGUCUUCCCUAUUGUUGUCACAAGCUACGAGGUGAAUUAA